AUGGAAAGAUACAAGUUUAAUACACGAGUACCAAGAGACGACGAAACAGCCGAUCAGUACGUAACUGAACUUAAACUGCUCGCUAAGAAUUUCAACUUCGGGUCUCUUGAAGACGAGUUGAUUAAGGACCGCGUUGUUCACGGAAUAAAAUCGGAGCGUGUGAGAGAACGGUUAUUACGAGAACGAGAGUUAACGUUAGAUAAAGCGUUAAAAGUAUUUCAAAUAAACGAAAAGUCUGAGGAACAACUAAAAGUACUAAACGAUGUUCAGAGCGUCAAGGCCAUAGGAAAACAUAACAAAUCAGGAAAUUAUCGUAGCAAAUUAGAUGCAAAUCGAAGGCGUGAUUUCAAGCAUAACGGCGGCAACAAACAAGAACAAGUAUCGUGUUGCGGAAAGUGCGGAAAGUCUCAUCCUGCGAAAGAAUGCCCAGCUUUUAGUAAGAAAUGUUUUAAGUGUGACAAAAAGAUCAUUUCGCUAAAUUCUGCAAGUCAAAGAAAAUACAUGCAGUAG